AUGUCUUCUGAGGGUGGUGCUGACGCCACGGGUGCGGCGCAGACUGGUGCACUGGACUUUUACGACGGUCCAUAUCUGGCAAGCCCGACAGCUGCGCCGGGCCCGUUUGUUGCCAUGCACAGAACUCGUGGCUUCCACCCCAAACUCUUGCUCCUGCACACCCGUGCGGGCUCAGAAGGUUCUCGCGUCAGCAGCAACGACACGGGGGGCCCCCCUGCGCCUCGUUCUUGUCGCUUUGUCUCUGCUCAGGCUCAGAUUACUCAAGGCUCUUCCCCACUGUUUGCGGCUGCUCUCUCUCCGCAUGUCAUCGACUGCGACAGCCGUGGCGUGAGCGUCCCGCUACUCCGGGACGGCCAAGCCUCAACGGCCCCGCGCCCCAGGAACACGGCACGACAAGCCACGGCCAGAGCACUGCUUCAGACAGGCCAGUCCUACAAGCUCGAAGCAACCGGCCAGUCGUGA